CAAGGCGUGCACGCGCACUGUGUUUAGCUGUAUCGCUUGGCUACGGUUAUUCUGGGCUGAAAGAUGAGAAACCGCGGAGCUUCCCAGCUGGGAUGUUGUGGCUAGACCGCGUUGGCUUAUCUGUACCGCUAGUGUUAGGCUCAGGAGACUGUGAGAAGCCGAGGGGGAGGUGAGGUGUGUCUGAAGCGUGUAGGCUCUGCGAUGAAGAAGAUUUUUGGCUUCGGAAGUAAGAAGGGCGAGUCGCUCUUCGGCUCCUCCACCACCCCGCGGAGAGAGAGCGGUAAUCGGGUCAACUCCCGGCCCGAGUACCACAUCCGACCCAAGGAUCUCGGGAAGGUCCACAAAGCUGCCAGCGUGGGCAACGUAGCCAAAGUGCAGCAGAUUCUGUUGCUUGGGAAGAAUGGCUUGAACGACAGGGACAAGAUGAACAGGACUGCUCUCCAUUUGGCCUGUGCCAAUGGCCAUCCGGCAGUGGUAACUCUCCUAGUGGAGAGAAAAUGCCAGCUUAACCUCUGUGACAACGAAAACAGGACAGCGCUGAUGAAGGCCAUACAAUGCCAGGAAGAGGAGUGUGCAACUAUUCUGCUGGAACAUGGUGCCGACCCAAAUGUCAUGGACGUCAGUGGCAACACUGCUCUCCACUAUGCUGCCCUUUAUCAGAAUAUAUCACUCGCAGCAAAGCUGCUUUCACAUGACGCCAACAUUGAAGCAAGCAACAAGGAGGGCUUCACACCACUUUUACUUGCUGUAAGUGAAAACAAGCAGCAAAUGGUGGAAUUUUUAGUAAAGAAAGAAGCAAAUAUACAUGUAGUUGAUAAGAUGAAAAGAACAGCCCUCAUACUUGCUGUAAACAAUGAUUCAACAAAUAUAGUCAGGCUUCUUCUUCAAGAAGGUAUUGAUGUCUUUUCUCAAGAUUUCUGUGGAAGGACCGCAGACGAAUAUGCUCGUAUUUAUGGUUUUCAUAUCAACUGCCAACUGAUUUCUGAAUAUAAAGAAGAAAAGAGACCUAAAACUCCUUCUCAAAAUAGCAACCCAGUGGUUAAGAAUUCUGAAGAAGAGUCUUUAAGCAGCCUUUCCAACAAACCUGGUGUUGAUGAUUCAUGGCCUACAUCAGAGGAUGAAGACUUAGAUUUUGAUACCAAGAAUGUCCUGAAACCAAGUUUAACAAAGCUAAUGAGUGCUUUUCAGCAAUCCAAGAAAAACAUAGAAGCAAAAUGUGGCAUCGUGAGACCAGAAGAGAGAACCUUCUUUGAGCACAAUAGUUCUGAUAGUGGAAAUGAAGAUGUGGCCAAAACCUUUCCCAAACCAUCAAUCCAGGGGGUCACUCAUCCUGCUUUCCCAUCACCUGAACCUCUCCCAAAACCUCUCAAGUCUUUAGCAGGCCUUGGUCUUACAAAGGAAGGAGCAACAAAUCCAGAAAUUGAGGAAAAAGAAAAUGAUACUGAUAUUGAAAGUGCUCCACAAGAGCAAACAGAUCAUAACAAUUUGACUUCUGUUGAUGGAGCUCAGAAAAAUAAUAGGAAUGAUAUGAUGUCAGCGUUAGGAUUAGGAGAAGAGGAAGGUAUAGAAUCACCUUGGGAUUCUGAGAGUAUCUCUGAGAGACUUCCAGAGAAGUAUGUUGAUCAUUUAUCUGGAGCUGCAGGUCAAAGAGGAAAAAAUAUAUUAAAUGGACAAGUAGAAGAUGUGCCUUAUAUACCUUCUUGCAUGAGUGGAUCGAGAAACUUUAAGAUGACUAAACUAGAGGAUCCAAGAAAUGUAGGCAUACCAGUAGCCCACAUGGAUUCUCCUGAAAAAUAUCCUCACUUGAAGCCUGCAGUUGGAGUGAAAGAUUCUGUUCCUAAUAAAACAGUAGGAAUGAAGGAUUUACAAACAUCCAGAUCAGAUAUGAUGUCAGCAUUAGGAUUAGGAGAAGAGGAAGGUAUAGAAUCAUCUUCGGAUUCUGAGAGUAUCUCUGAGAGACUUCCAGAGAAGUAUGUUGAUCAUUUAUCUGGAGCUGCAGGUCAAAGAGGAAAAAAUAUAUUAAAUGGACAUGUAGAAGAUGUGCCUUAUAUACCUUCUUGCAUGAGUGGAUCGAGAAACUUUAAGAUGACUAAACUAGAGGAUCCAAGAAAUGUAGGCAUACCAGUAGCCCACAUGGAUUCUCCUGAAAAAUAUCCUCACUUGAAGCCUGCAGUUGGAGUGAAAGAUUCUGUUCCUAAUAAAACAGUAGGAAUGAAGGAUUUACAAACAUCCAGAUCAGAUAUGAUGUCAGCAUUAGGAUUAGGAGAAGAGGAAGGUAUAGAAUCAUCUUCGGAUUCUGAGAGUAUUUCUGAGAGUCUUCCAGAGAAGUAUGUUGAUCAUUUAUCUGGAGCUGCAGGUCAAAGAGGAAAAAAUAUAUUAAAUGGACAAGUAGAAGAUGUGCCUUAUAUACCUUCUUGCAUGAGUGGAUCGAGAAACUUUAAGAUGACUAAACUAGAGGAUCCAAGAAAUGUAGGCAUACCAGUAGCCCACAUGGAUUCUCCUGAAAAAUAUCCUCACUUGAAGCCUGCAGUUGGAGUGAAAGAUUCUGUUCCUAAUAAAACAGUAGGAAUGAAGGAUUUACAAACAUCCAGAUCAGAUUUGUCAGCAGAGGUAGACUUAGAAAUAACAUCGGAGGAAGCACAAGAAAGGCUUGAUGGAAGUGAAAAUAACCACUCACAGGAUAAAGUUAUUUUACAAACAUGUACCCUGACAGAAAAGACAUCUGAAAAUCAAAUCAAGCCAAUUGAUCUUAUGCUUUUGCAUCUGCAAAAAAUGCCUCAAGAACCAGAAAUGAAUAAGGAAUGUGAUAGAGAGGACAUAUCUGUAUGUUCAGGACUUCCUUGUGUACAAAAGCAUGAGGAAAUGUGGAUCAAACAAGGCAAAUUAGGGUGGAAAAAUAACUUCAAACACAUCACAAAUAAGUUAAAGUGGAAGUUUGGUGGAACUUUUGAAAAAUACAAAAUUACUGUUUGUCCUGAGGAAGAGCCACUACAUGAUGACCCUAAAGAAGGAGCAAACAUAAAGGAAAUACCUUCUAAUUUGAAAAAUAAUAUACCUGACUGUGAGGCAAAAGUUGCAUUUGGAGUAUCUGUCUCUCUAGCAUUCCAAGCAUUUCCUGAACAAAAAGACCCCAGUCUUGAAAAUGUUUUUCCAUCUUAUUUAACCUCUGGGUCUUGGGGACAUGCUUGCCCAUCAUCUUCACAGCUUUAUUUAACUGAAAUUAAAUUAGACUAUGAAAGUGAUAAACCAGACACUGAACAUGUUUUUAACAAAAAUGAGGAGAGUUUUUAUAAUGAUACAGAAAAUAAAAAAGUAAGGGACCCAGUAGUUACAUUUGAAAUGCAAGAAGACCAAGAGUUUGAUAUGCAAAUGUUACAAAAUAUGAACCAAAAUACCACUAAUUGGAAAUUAGAUAUCGGAUGUAUACCUCAGUCUAGUGAUCCCAAAAGACUUUUUGAUUUAUGGCUUGCCCGCUCCAAUGAAAUGAAACACAUGAUUCAAAUAAAAAGUCGUGAUAUUUCUGCUGUUACAAAUACUUAUAAGAAAACCAAACCAAUACAAGACUGGUUCCAGAAGCCAUUGCUUGCAGAUAAUUGCAGUGCUAAUAACUCUAAAAGCAUGCAACCUGAAUUAGAAAAUGGGAGUUCUUCUCCACUGAAUAGUAACAGAAGAUCCCAAGUGUAUCUAAAUGAAGAAUUACAGCAAAAUAUGCAAAGGCUUAAGAAUGAGAUAGCCAUGUUACAAGUAGAGUUCCUGGCUUUCAGACAACGGAAAAUUCAACUUCAAAAAGAGGUUGAAGAAGCAAAGAAGAAGCACAAAAGUAGUGAAAUGGAAGUAUCAGAAAACAUAUAUGAUGCUGAUGAUAGUGGAUUAAUUCAACAGAGAAAGAGCAGAAAAACUAAUAACCAACAGUUUCCUAUCAUGGAGAAUGAAGAUUCUGAUAGCGGUCCUGGCGUGCACAUGAAGGAAGUAAAGAAAAAUGAAAAUGAAAAAUGGACAUCAAAAGAAUGUGUGAUUACACCAAUGUUUGAGAAGGCUGAUUCACUGAUUGGUGGUCUGCUACACAUGAAGGAUGACAGCAGUUUAAGUGGAGUAGAUCAGGAUGAUGGCAGGGCUACAAAGGAAACACCUAAUGAAAAGAACAAGGUCAAAGAGCAAAUUAAUUCUAUGGAUGACCUUGAUGACUUAACUCAGUCAUCUGAAACAGCUUUGGAGGAUUGCCAGAUGCUUUACUCUAAUUAUAAGAAUUCCAUGUUGCUAAUAGAACAACUUGGCAUGGAGUGUAAAGAUUCUGUUAGCUUAUUGAAAAUUCGGGAUGCAGUUCUUUCAUAUGAAAGAUUAAUAGAUCUUAAAAAAGAUAACUGUGAACUACUUACAGAAAAAAAUAAAAAAAUGGAAAGUAAGGUUACUGGGCUACAAAAGGAGCUAUCAGAAACAAAAGAAAUGAAAUCAGAGUUAGAGCAUCAAAAAGUGGAGUGGGAACAAGAGCUCUGCAGCUUGAGAUUCACCCUAAAACAAGAAAAAAAGAAGAGAAGAAAUGCUGACAGGUUAUAUGAAAAAAUUAGGGAGCAGUUAAGAAGAAAAGAAGAGCAAUACAGUAAAGAAGUUGAAAUGAAACAACAACUUGAACUCACUCUCAGAGCACUAGACAUGGAACUGAAGACUGUGAGAAAUAAUCUGAAUCAGGUGUCCGAUAGUCCUGAAAAAGAAAAAGAUCUGUUACAUAAAAACCACAUGUUGCAGGAUGAAGUUGCCAUGCUAAGACUGGAAAUCGACACAAUAAAAUGUCAGAACCAGGAAAAGGAAAAGAAAUAUGUUGAGGACAUUGAAAUUGUAAAAGAAAAGAAUGAUGAUCUUCAAAAGACAAUAAAACUGAAUGAGGAAACAUUAACAAAGACAAUAUUCCAAUAUACUGGACAGCUUAAUGUUCUGACAGCUGAGAAUGCAAUGCUAGACUCUAAGCUGGAGAAUGAAAAACAAAGCAAAGAAAGACUGGAAACAGAACUGGAAUCCUAUCGUUCUAGACUGGCUGCUAAGAUACAUGAUCACCAUCAAAGUCAGACAUCAAAAAGAGACCUGGAACUUGCCUUCCAGAGACCAAGAGAUGAGUGGUUACGCUUGCAGGACAAAAUGAAUUUUGAUGUGUCUAACCUGAAAGAUAACAAUGAGAUGCUUUCCCAGCAACUUUCUAAAGCUGAAAGUAAAUUCAGUAGCCUAAAAACCAAGUUCCAUCACACGAGGGAUGCUCUCAGAGAAAAGACUUUGGUGUUAGAACGUGUACAGAGAGACCUAAGCCAAGCACAGUGUCAAAAGAAGGAACUUGAACACAUGUAUCAAAGCGAACAAGGCAAAGUGAAUAAAUACAUUGGAAAGCAGGAAUCCUUAGAAGAGAGAUUAUCUCAACUCCAGAGUGAAAACAUAUUGCUCAGACAGCAACUGGAUGAUGCGCAAAACAAAGCCAACAGUAGAGAGAAGACAGUAAUUAACAUCCAAGACCAGUUUCAGGAGAUUGUGAAAACACUUCAAGCUGAAAGUGAAAAACAAGGUCUGAUGCUGGAGGAAAGGAACAAGGAGUUAAUCAAUGAAUGUAAUCAUUUAAAAGAGAGAAUGUAUCAGUAUGAAAAUGAGAAAACAGAAAGAGAAGCACUUGUGAGACAACUUCAACAAGAACUGGCUGAUACCCUAAUAAAGCAAUCUAUGUCAGAGGCUUCACUGGAGGCCACGUCACGUUAUCGUACUAAUUUAGAAGAUGAGGCACAGGAUUUAAAGAAAAAAUUACGUCAAGUCACAAGUCAGUUGCAAGAAGCACAGGAUCGACGUACAGAGGCCAUGAGAUGUGCUGAGAAGACGCAGGAUCACAUCCAAAAGCUUGAAAUUGAAAAUGCCAAGUUAAAAGCUACAGUCAAAAAGCAAGCGGAUAAAAUUGAAGAGCUUCAGAAAAACCUGUUAAGUACAAGUUCAGAUGAAAAGGAGCAAUUAAAGAAAUAUAUUGAGUUAAAACAGUCUCUGGAAUAUAGUUUGGAUCCAGAAAUGAAGAAAAAUAGUGAAUUUGAAAAAGAGAUUACUGGACUUAAGAAACUCUUAAAAAUGCCAAGAAGGAAGUUAAAUGAAUAUGAAAAUGGAGAGCUUAGUUUCCAUGGAGAUUUAAAAACCAGUCAAAGUGAAAUGGAUAUUCAGAUUAAUAUGCUAAAACAUAAGAUUGAUGACCUUACAGCAGAACUGGAAACUGAAUCUUCAGAAUGUCUACAUCUGGGUGCAAAAAAUCAAGUUCUUCAACGGGCGUUAUUAUCUAUAAAAGUAAUGCAAAAGAAAUGUGAAAAACUAGAGAAGAAUGAAAAGAAGUUGGAACAAGAAGCAGUGAACCUCAGAAGUCAUAUAGAAAUGAAUAUGAUAGAACACAGUCAAGUAGAGCAGUAUAAAUGGGAGGUUGAAGAAAGAGCAAGACAGGAUAUAAUAGAAAAAUUAAAAGAAGUCAACCUAUUUUUACAGACACAAGCAGCAUCUCAAGAAAACUUAGAGCAGUUAAGAGAGAAUCAUAAUGCUUCAAUAAGAAGUCCAAUGGAACUGAGAAUUAAAGAUCUGGAAUCUGAACUCUCCAAAAUGAAAACUUUUCAAGAAGAUUCUACUAAAGCAGAGUUGGAAAAAUAUAAGCAACUCUACCUCGAAGAACUAAAAGUUAGAAAGUCAUUGGCAAAUAAACGAAACAAGACUAAUGAGAGGCUGGCAGAGGUCAGUACCAAACUGCUGGUGGAGAAACAGCAGCACAGAUCUUUACUCAGCACUCUUACUACGAGGCCAGUCCUGAAGCCACCUUGUGUAGGAAAUAUUAAUAAUAGUUUAGUGCUCAAUAGAUAUCUUACUCCAGGAGAAAACUUAGAGAUUUCUACCUCAAGUUCACGCCCUUCACAUGAGAGCAUGGAGAUGUACUUGACCAAGAUGUGGCAGGAGAUGGAAAAAAAUAUAACUAGAGUACUAGAAAAAGCUGCUGCUGUUGAAUCAGCAUGCUAUAGAGCUUCUCAUCUAGGAGCUACUGAUGAGUCAAAUCUAAAUCAAGAUCUAGUUUUGAAAACAUCACGAGAAUAUGUACAGAUUUUGAAGAAAGAUUAUAUGAUCUAAAAGAAAAAUAGUAAAAAUUUCCCUCCUGGGUUGUUUGCAUAACAUUUUAGUUGUUUCCCAUUAAACAUGACGUGAA